AUGGUAGACGUGGCUCAGUCAAAGCUUUCAGCCAACAAUGUUUUCACCAUCGCCAAACGCACUGUGGAAGGCCAGGUUAGUUCAAUUACAUUACUCUUCUUAUUUUUACGUCAAAUGUCAUCUUAAAGGAAAACUUCCACUGUUAGAAAAGUGACCGAAAUUUGGUUGAAAAAAUGUCAGAAUUCUAAGUUCACUUUAGGUGAUUUUAGUGGACAAAGAACUGAUGAAAUAAUCGCCUUUUUUAAAAAAGUGGAGCUUUCAUUUAAUGACAUCACAUUUAUUAUCCCAGUUCAACUGUUGAUUUCUGGGAGAUUCUGGCGUUGCGUUAGGAGGUUUUACCUGUGGAUGCGUUAACCUAGGGCAUUUAUGUUCUCAUGGAUUUCUUUCUUUUCCCAGGACAUGUUGUAUCAGUCAUUGAAAUUUACCAAUGGAAUAUGGGUUCUAGCUGAGCUCAAGAUGCAGCCUGGUAAUCCUGUGGUACAAGUAAGUGACCCGGCGCUGGUCAUUUCACUUUUUGGUUUUAGAAACCGUACAAACUAUAGCCCUGAAAGGCUACUGUGAUCAAUCCAACUGGCUUUAAAAAAGCCUUUUUUGAGGGGCCAUUUUAUCGUUUCUCAUCCGGAUUGAACUUCUAGUGUCCUAAAUUCCCUGUAGCCAAAUCCGGCGCUUAUUUAAAACAUUAGAAUCAAAGAUCGCUUGCUUUAUUAUCGAGUAUCCCCAGGUACGCCCUUGGGAUACUCGAUAAUAAAGCAAGUAUUCUUUGAUGCUAAAUGCCCCAAAGCUGAACACGAGUCAUUAUUCAGUGUGAAAAAGCAUUCUGGAGUCAAUUUUAUAAAACUUUGACAAUUGCAAUUUACAAGAGUAACUAUUAUUUUAGCGUCUGAAAACAAUAGCUACACUUUUUGACGCCAGGUUUCUGUAAUGACGCAUGUUUUGGAAUGGUUUUUAAUUGAGUGUCAUAAGUUAGUAACUACUAAAACCAAUCACAGUGGAUGCAAACAGUCAAGUAAACCAAUCAGAACACGAGUCAAAUAUGUGUAGACGGCGUAAAGCGCAGAAAAAACGGUCGAUUUAAUGAAGAGUGGUUUCAUUGUUUAUAGCCUGUUGUGAACUGGAGGUAUCGUUCAGACGAGGUUAAUGCGGGGGGAUUCGGAACGGUUCCUCGCGUGAGCCUUGACUGCAAUUUAGUUCCAGUUUAUUUUUUUAACUCUUCAUCAUCGUUUCUAACGCCCAGUUCAGACGUCGUGCUUCUGCCGUGCCGAACUAAAUUCAGGAAUUAAGUUCGACAAAAGCACGGCAGAAGCAUGGCGUCUGAAUCAAACUUUUGAAUUAAGUUCGGCAAGCAAUUAAGUUCGACAAGCGCUGCCGUGCUACACGGCUCUGGCACGGCAGCGUAAAUUCAGGAAUUAAGUUCGACAAAAGCACGGCAGAAGCAUGGCGUCUGAAUCAAACUUUUGAAUUAAGUUCGGCAAGCAAUUAAGUUCGACAAGCGCUGCCGUGCUACACGGCUCUGGCACGGCAGCGAUGCAAACGUCGUGCUUCUGCCGCGCUAAACAAAAUUCAUAAAUUAUAUUAAUGUAUUUUGGCGAGAUUGCGUUCCCACGGGGAGUUGGGAGAAGAAUUGUUACGAGGCAUCAUUAAAUCCUGAAUUUUGUUCGACUCUGGCACGACGUCUGAAUCAAAGUUGUUUUCCUGCCGUGCUACAGUCGAACCAAAUUGCAAUUAAGUUCGGCACGGCAGAAGCACGACGUCUGAACUGGGCCUAACUUAUGUUUGUUGUUUCUACAGUUGUCCUUGAAGACGCGCGCUAUGGACGUGGUGAUGGGGGUGCAAAGCAUGUACGAAACCAUCCUACACAACUAA